AUGGGGGCCAAAAAUAUGCGCGCAGCAGCAGCACUACUGCUGCUGCUGCACGCCGCCUUUGCCGCGCGCCAAGACAACGACACGAAAACGUACGAGUACAACAUCGUCGUCGUCGGCGACAUCCACGACGACGUCGACGCCUUGUACCGGCUGCGCGACCAUCUCCAGCGCCACAGCCGCCGCUACGACAUGCUCCUCUGCACGGGCGACCUGACGUCCAUGGCCCACGAGGCGACGAGCAAGGGCACGGCGGGCGCCGGCGACGUGCCGCGGUCCAACGCCUACAUGCGGCGCGCGGCCGCCGUCGCCGAGGCCUUGGCGGCGAUGGCGCCCCUGGCGUACUUCGUGCCCGGCGCGCUGGACCCGCUGCCGCUCUACGACGCGCCCGCGUCGGCCGCGCCGGCGAACCAGGCGCGCAACGCCCACGAGCAGGUCGAGGAGGUGACGCGGGGGCUGUGGGUCGCGGGCCUCGGAGGCGCGCCGGCGCCCUUCGAAUACAAGGGCGACGGGUCCAAGAGUACGAAGAAGCGCGCGCGCGUCGCCAACGAGACGAAGAGCUGGCUCAACGGCUUCCCCUACGACGACGCCGAGUUCAAGAAGCGCCAGCAGUCGCUGCGGAAGGCCAUCUCCAACAUCCCCGCCGGAGACGCGGUCCUCCUCCUCACGCACGCGGGCCCCGACGGCGCGGGCACGUCCCUCCUCGCGGGCGCCGACCCCGACAGCAUCGACGACCCCAAGGGCAUCCGGAAGCAGCCGCUCCACGCGGGGAGCGCGGCGCUCCACGACCUGCUCGCGGCGCCCUGUGUGCAAAUCAACCAGUGA